CGUGCCAAAGCACGUGUCAGCGCAGAAGUGGGAUAUUGGUAACUAAACUCGACAGCACAGGGUCCAGUCAGAGGGGUGGUCAUGCUUUGAGUUAUUUUUCUGGUUUUCUGUCUUUUCCCCACCUUAAUUAUGUCUCGGAUUUUAAACCUGCUCAGCAUUCCGCUGAAGAGCGACUUCUCCACAUGUCGAGGCUCCUCUCGGCUCCCUUUAAGGACCAUCUGCUGCUCCUGCAGAAAACAAGCUCAGAAAAGUGAUGCAUCCUCGGUGUUGGGAAAAAGAUGGAAGGACUCUGCAGACACAGUCAUCAUUGGUGGGGGUUGCGUGGGGGUCAGCCUGGCCUAUCACCUGGCCAAAGGUGGUGUGAAGGACGUGGUGCUGUUGGAGAAGUCUGAGCUGACAGCUGGGUCCACCUGGCAUGCUGCGGGCCUGACAACCUACUACCAUCCAGGCAUCAACCUCAAGAGAGUUCACUAUGACAGCAUUAAACUGUACGAGAGCCUCGAGGCUGAAACUGGACAGGCAGUGGGCUUUCACCAGCCUGGCAGCGUCCGCAUCGCUUCAACAGCAGCUCGUGUGGAUGAGAUGAGGUACCAGAUGACUCGCACCCACUGGCACGUAACUCCGCAGUACUUCAUCGGACCGGAAAAGAUCCAGGAACUUUUCCCUCUGCUAAACAUGGACAAGGUGCUGGCAGGUCUCUACACCCCCGGAGACGGCCACAUCGACCCGUAUUCUCUGACUAUGGCUCUGGCUGCUGGAGCUCGGAUGUACGGCGCUCAGAUCUACAACCCAGCGCCGGUUACUGCCCUUAACCCAACGCCCGAUGGUAAAUGGGAUGUCCAGACCCCCCACGGAACAAUCUGUGCAAAUCGGAUAGUCAACACUGCAGGUUUCUGGGCGCGUGAGGUGGGCAAGAUGAUUGGGUUGGAGCACCCCACCAUUCCUGUGCAUCAUCAGUAUGUAGUGACAGCCACCGUACCAGAGGUGAAGGCUCUGAAGAAGGAGCUGGCUGUCAUAAGGGACCUGGAGGGCUCUUACUACCUCCGUCAGGAGAGAGACGGUCUGCUCUUCGGCCCAUAUGAAAAGAUGGAGAAGAUGGUGUUGCAGGACUCCUGGGUUAGGAAUGGAGUACCUCCUGGCUUUGGAAAGGAGCUGUUCGAGUCAGAUCUUGACAGGAUAAUGGAACAUAUUGAGAUGGCCAUGGAGAUGGUGCCGGUCCUGAAGAAGGCCGACAUCAUCAACGUUGUGUCUGGGCCAAUUACGUACACCCCUGACCUGCUGCCCAUGGUUGGACCACACCAAGGAAUUCACAACUACUGGACUGCCAUUGGCUUUGGAUAUGGAGUAAUUCAUGCUGGUGGUAUUGGUAAAUUCCUGAGCGACUGGAUGAGAAAUGGAGAACCUCCCUAUGACCUUAUUGAAUGCGACCCUAACCGCUAUGGCAGGUGGACCGAUGUGCCUUUUAUGUGCGCCAAAGCCAGAGAGUCUUAUGGCUUCAACAAUGUGGUUGGUUAUCCCAAGGAGGAGCGUUUUGCUGGUCGACCGACUAGCAGAACAAGUGGUGUGUUCGAGCUGCUGAAGGACAAAUGCUCCAUGGGAUUUCACGCUGGCUGGGAACAACCUCACUGGUUCUACAAACCCGGGGAUGACACCGGAUACAAGCCCAGUUUCCGACGCACAAACUGGUUUGAACCAGUCGGCAGAGAGUGUAAACUGGUGAUGGAGAAGGUAGGCGUGAUCGACCUCACACCGUUUGGCAAGUUUCUGGUGAAGGGGAAGGACUCGGUCAAGCUGCUGGAUCGCCUGUUUGCUAACACCAUGCCGAAGGUGGGACAGACAAACAUCAGCCACAUGUUGACACCUGCUGGCCGGGUCUUCGCGGAGGUCACCAUCACCCAGCUGGCACCUGGAGAGUUCCUGCUGAUCACAGGCUCGGGAUCGGAGCUCCACGACCUCAGGUGGAUAGAAACAGAGGCAGCAGAGGGUGGACACGAUGUGGACAUCAGCAACGUGACAGAUGACAUAGGAGUACUCGGCAUUGCAGGGCCAAAUUCUCGGAAGGUUCUCCAGAAGCUGACAGAUGAGGAUAUGAGUGAUGCCGGGUUCAAGUUUCUCCAGUGCAAGUUCAUCCAGCUGGCUGGGAUUCCUGUCCGGGCCAUUAGGAUCUCCUACACUGGUGAGCUGGGCUGGGAGCUGUACCUUGACCAGAAGAACAUGGCAGCUCUGUACAAGGCCAUGAUGGAAGCAGGAAAAGACAGCGGCAUCGACAAUUUUGGCACCUACGCCAUGGCCUCACUUAGACUGGAGAAAGGCUUUAGGGGCUGGGGGGCUGAGAUGAACUGUGACACCAACCCUCUGGAGGCUGGACUGGAUUAUUUCAUCAAACUGAACAAGCCAGCAGAUUUUAUUGGAAAAGCAGCGCUCCAGGAGAUCAAAGCCAGGGGGCUAAAGAGGAAGCUGUCCUACCUCUUUGUAGAUACUGAUGAUAUUGAUCCUGAAGGCAAUGAGACUAUUUGGCACAAUGGAAAGGUGGUUGGAAACACCACAUCAGGAGCCUACAGCUACAGCAGCCAGCAGAGCCUGGCGUUCGGCUACCUGCCUGUGGAUCUGUGCUCUGUGGGACAGAAGGUGGAGGUGGAGCUGUUGGGAAAGAAGUACCCUGCCACAGUCAUCCAGGAGCCCUUAGUCCUAACCGAGCCCACACGAACCCGGCUGCAGAAGAAUACCAAGAAAAAAGCAUAAACAUAGGUCAGGUCAUUGCUAUAAUAAAUCCCACUGUGAAGUAAAAAAAAAAAAGAGAAAA